AUGAAGAGUAACGAUGAGAAUGUGAAAAAAUUGUUCACUAAAGAGGAAUGGGAUGAAUUGACACAAGAAAACCUAGAAGCCUUCGAAAUUCCAGAUGAUAUAUUGGGAUACUUAAAAUUUUAUAAUCAAGAUACAAUAGAAGGUGACUCACCAUUAUCUCGUACACAAUACGAGAAUUGGUGCUCGGUCAAUUUAUUUGGGAGUUGUUUGGAUUUUUGUUUUAGAGAUUAUAAAUUAGGAACAGAUGUAAAAAGAACGGAUUCGCCAUCAACAGCUAGUGGUAAUCGGAAGAAUCGUGCGAAAGAGAAGGGUGCUAGAAAAAGGGUUGGACGCAAAAUUGAUGGUAUAAUUUACAACAUUGGAAAAAAUCUUGAAUUAGGUGUAUUUGAAUCUGCCAGUAUUUUCGAGGACGAACAUGAUAAUAAAUAUCUUAAAGAAAGUUUUAAAUUGCCAAAAUCAAUGAGAGAUAUUUAUUGUGGUUUGGCUAGAUACAUAAAAUAUGAAGAAGAAAAAUGCAAUUCGUCACAAGUGAUAGGAAUACUACACCUUGGCCUAAUGGUGCAGUUUUCAAAGUUAUGGAGAGAAAAUGGUUUAAUCGCAAUAUAUAAAAAGCAAUACUGUGCAUUAUUUGUCACCAAUGAUUACUUGAAGCUAUUAGCUAAAAUUUAUUCUUAUAAGGGUAGUAGUGAAAAUGAAAAAGGAAAUCAAGAACCUGAUGAUUUUUAUGAUUCUGAUGUAACUUAUUAA